AUGCAUACCAUUGACAGCUGUGAAUACAUUUGGGAAUCAGGUGUCGGGUUUGCCCAAUCACAUCCACCAAACGUACAACAUGAUUCGAAUCGAACCGAAAUUCUCCGUCUCCUGCUUGUCUGCUUCUCCGAGACAAUGUAUCUGGACCAGUCACAGGCCCGAACGACCACUAACCGAUGGAUUUCCUUCUUCACGGGACCCGAUAAUCGUCAUGUUCUUCCACUUUUUACGUCUCUCCUGAACAUUGUGUGUGCCUACAAUCCAGUCUCUUCCUCACUCCCCUACAAUCAUUUGGUUUUCACGGACUCUAGAGAGCCACUGGUCGAAGUUGCCUUACAGAAAGUCUGCUCCCAAGUGAACAUUCCGAUCGACUUGACCUAUGCAUUCGUCCGGCGACAACUCUAUCGCUUCGAGUGCCCCGUUAUCGCCCUGGAGGAGGCGAACAAGUCUGGCGCUCCGCACUUCCUUCUUCUCAGAAAAUGGUAA